CACCAAUUUCACCUUUUUCUACCUCACCUUAAAAAUAAAAAAAUAAAAAGAAGAAGAGGGUUUUAUUAAUUUGUUGGGAGUACAACCAUUUUUUGAAGUAAUGAGACAUCAUAUUCUUUCCUUAAAACAUAAUUCAUUUGAAAUUUUGAUUGUUCGGCGAAAUUUUCUAAGUAACAAAUUGACAUUCACCUUCAUUUUCCUCCAUAGCUAUUUGAAAUCUUUGUGCGUUUUUUUUCCACUUUACGCAAUCUCAGAUGCUUUUCUGGUUCUGCUGGGAUUCAUUUAGCAUUUGAUUGUUAUUCCUUGCCAUUGUUUGUUUUCUCAAGACGAGGGCUUUCUGGGAAAGUUUAUUAGAUCAUUGCAGCUGAAUUAGAGAGUAAUCCAGUGUCGUGGAGCUUGAGCCCGCAGAACUUUGUCCUCUCAAAUUGCAAUUAUCACUGAAUAGACGAUUGUCUUCCAUCUCACGUUAACUUGGGAAAGUUUUAUCUGCUCAAAACUUUCAUCUUAUUAGCUAGAUCGUGCUGUUUGUUUUUGAAGCAAGAUGAACCACCCUCAUCCAUAUGGUGACGAUCAUGAUGAACCCACUGUCAUGGGCUUUGAAGUUCCAAGAUCACCCGAUGCAAGUUACAACAAUGUGUAUCCUGGGCAUUUAGAUGAAGGAAGGGAACCACCGAUGGUACCGCCACAUUUGCAUCACACUUUGCUAAACCACCCAGCAACAAGAGAUGAAUCAACCUCCCUCCCGUUGCCACAGAACGCGGUGCUAAACCAUCUGUAUAUUGAGAACGGAGAAGUCCCGAGGUCAGUUGUAGCACUUGGUGUAACACACCGUUUUCGCUCAAAAUAUGUUACGGUCGUGCUUUACAAACCUGUCCAAAGAAGAUGAGGUAGCAUAGCAGGCAUGCCUGAACGUACACACCAUCUUUGGCUUGUGGUCUGAUGAUAGGAGAGGUAAAUACACAGCAAGUUCUGCAGUGGAGAAUGUUUAUUUCUUCCCAGCUACUAGUAGUAGGAAAAUAUGGUAUCAGGUACCCUUGGACUUGAAUAAUUGAAGUUAGAUGUUCAAUAGUUUUAAAAAGUUAUGUAUUUUGGCAAAAAGUUAGUGAUGUCCCUGUUUGUUUGCCUUGACAAUUAUGUUUUUGAGUAGCUCUUCAAUGUUGACGUGUGUGAAAAUCUGUUAAACACCUUGUUAGAUUUAAGCCAAGUUCACUACA